AUGAAAACGAGAAAUAACGAAUUAGAUAUGCAACCUGAACUGCAGGAAUUGCUGCAGAAGCCGAGCAGCCUCCCACUCCUGGAUAAGAGGAAACAUGCAACAAUUAUACCGAGUCAGUUGUCGAGCAGGGAGAAAUCUCGAGCGGCGACUCCGGAAGAGGAACCAGAUGCAGUUUCCUCUGUGAUAGGCAACUAUGGCCGUUGGCAGCUGCUCAUCACAUUUCUACUGUCGCUGUUCUCAUUUCCUUGCACAUUCCACAUAUAUCUGCCGACUUUUACGGCUAGAGCUACAAACUUUUGGUGUCGGAUGCCAGAGAACUUUUCAAGUUUGCCGUUAAAGGAAUGGAUCAACUACAGCCAACCAGUGGACGCUUGCAGUGUACGAGUAAUACCACCAGGAGUGACAGUGGAGAGUAUCUUGAACCAUACAGCCCCAUUAUUAGACUCCUUCGUGGAAUGCACAGCAUGGGACUAUGAUAGAUCAGAAGUCGGAGAAACUAUCAUCUCGGAGUGGAAUUUAGUGUGCGACCGCGCGAGCCUAACAAGCCUUGCAGAAGUUGUUUUUCUGGUCGGUGUAGGCGCUGGAGGCGUGUUAGGAGGAUGGAUCUCAGACAAGUUCGGUCGCAAACGUAUUCUCAUGGGGAUGUUGGUAACUCAAAGCACACUAGCAAUCCUUUCAUUGCUCGUACGAUCCUACCUGCAAUACGUUAUUGUGCGUCUCAUCAUGGGCUUGGUGUCAGUGUCCGUCGUGUAUGCAGCCUUCGUGCUGUCAGUAGAGUUGGUUGGUGGGAAAUGGGUGACAAUAGCUGGCGUCUGCAAUUUCUUCCCACUCCCGUUCGCGUACAUCAUCGUAUCAUUAUUGUCUUUGGUCUUGCCUAACUGGAGAGAUUUGCAGCUGACGUUGUCACUACCCGGAUGCCUAUUACUUCUGCUGUGGUUUGUACUACCUGAAUCACCUAGAUGGCUAUUGAGUAUGGGAAGAACACAAGAAGCAAAAGAGAUUCUACAGAAAGCAGCCAAAUUCAACGGACGAGAAAUACCAGCUGAUCUAGAUAAGCUUCUAAUGUUCCACAAAUCUAAAACACCAGAUGAAGAACCGAGUGUGUUGAUGCUCUUCAGAGGUCAUCUAUUGAAAAGGACGGUUUGCCUAUUUAUGGUUUGGUUCGCCAUGACGAUUGCGUACUACGGUCUUUUACUGAACAUAGGCAAUUUCAAUUUGGGAAAUUUACACGUUACCUCGAUCAUACUAGCCGUGGUGGAAAUACCAGCGAUAGCGAUGAGCAUACCUAUUUUACUGAAAGCUGGACGUCGUAUUCCUAUAUUCAUAAGUAUGCUUGUUUGUGGUCUAGCGGUUGUGGCCAGCAUACUUUUCUCUGUCUCAGUGAAAGACGAAUGGGUCAUGAUUGCAUGCCUCAUGAUUGGAAAGUUUGCGAUUGGUUCGACUAAUAUGAUGCUGCCCAUUUUCACUGCUGAAUUGUACCCAACAGUAAUCAGAAAUCUCGGUGUUGGGGCCAGUCAAAUAUCAGCAGGGUUGGCGCUUAUUGGCAUCCCAUACUUAUGGAAACUGACGAUGUUCAAUACACAUUUGCCGAUGAUAACGAUAGCAGCUCUGGGUGCUUUAGGUGGUGCCAUAGUAUUACUUCUACCGGAUACUGUCAAAACUAAUACGCCUCCACCUCAAGUUGACACUAAAAUGCCUACCUUCGAUAGCAAUUCACCGUGUAAUGGAACGUUCACAGUCGCCGACGACAGAGGGCAUUAG